AUGGUGCUAGGCGUCGACGUGUCUCACGCUUCCCCUGGCGUCGAAUCCCCAUCUAUGGCUUCCAUGGUUAUGUCGAUUGAUCAAAAUGCGUGUCGUUACGCUGCUGCGGUUGAGACCAAUGGAUACAAGGUGGAGAUGUUGACCCGCGCGAAUAUCAACAAGUUUUUGGAUCGCCUCCUGCCGGCAUUUCGAAAGGGCACGACAAUUCAUCAGCCUCAGCACGUGUAUUACUUCCGAGAUGGCGUAUCGGAAGGCCAGUUUGCCCAGGUGAUCGAAUAUGAAGUAAAUGAAAUGAAGGAGCGCCUCCGCGUUGACGGGGUGGUGCCCAAAUUCACCGUUAUCGUCGCUACUAAACGCCAUCACAUUCGGUUUUUCCCCGACAGGUCUUGUGCGGAUAAGAAUGGCAACCCGCUCCCUGGAACCCUGGUGGAACGCGACGUUACUCACCCUUUCCAUUGGGACUUUUACCUUUGUUCGCACCUCGCCAUCCAGGGUACCGCUCGCCCGGUUCAUUACCAUGUCAUCCUCGAUGAGGCCAACUGUCAGCCCAACGAGCUGCAACGAAUGAUCUAUGAACAGUGCUAUAUGUAUGCACGGUCCACUACAGCUGUUUCCCUGCACCCUGCCGUGUAUUACGCUCACUUGGCUAGUAGCCGAGCGCGUGCCCAUGACUCAGUCCCGCAGGGCGGCUCGGAUGACGCUGGCUAUGGGUCGAGAGCACUUGCGGGUAGUGGCGAUGUGCGAGACUCGGCGCCUCUCCGCCCGAUGGGUGCCGAAGAAGAUGCUCACAGAGACAAUAUCGUAUUCUUCCCAGGUACCAUGUGGUACAUUUGA